AUGAUAGAGGAUUACUUUGUCGAGCGUCCAGUGUAUAGCAACAUAAUUUUUCGUCAGCGCUAUCGAAUGCAAAAACCAGUAUUCAAUCACAUCAUGGUGGACCUUUACAAUUUCGACGAUUUUUUGAUGCAAAAACCAGAUGCCACCGGAAAGCUGGGAUUGCUCUUGGAAUACAAAAUGACAAGUGCGUUACAAAUGCUUGCAUAUGGUACAAGGGCUGAUCAUUGUGAUGAAGUCACCAGGAUGGGAGCAUCAACUAGUUUGAAAUGCCAUAAGAAAUUUUGUGCACAAGUAGAGUAUUUGUACGGGGGUUGGUAUCUUCGAGCUCCUAAUGCCGUAGAUCUGCAAAGGCCUCUACACAAAGGACAACAACGUGGUUUUCCUGGCAUGAUUGGGAGCAUCAGUUGCAUGCACUGGAAGUGGAAAAACUGUCUAAAGGGGUGGUUCGGAGCUUUCUCAAGCCGUAAAAGGUACCAUACUGUUAUUCUUGAAGUUGUGGCAUCCUACGACACACAUGUAUGA